GAUGACCAGUUCUGACCUUUGCGGAGAAGAGGGAGGAAAGAGAAGAAGAGUACCUGCUAUUUUGGGGGCAACAGACACCACCUUGUCAAUUCCAUCUAUAUGCACAUGAGCGCUAACACCAUGAUCUUCAUGGUACUGGGGGCGUCUGUUGUUAUGAGUUGACCAGAUGCCUUGGUUAUGGGCUCUUACAGGCAAUAGCUUGCUUGAUGGACAUGAACGCUCUUUUGGACCGAUUUCACAAUUAUAUCUUACCGCAUUUAAGAGGGGAAGACCGGGUUUGUCACUGCAACUGUGGAAGGUACCAUGUUCACUAUGUCAUCCCUUACGAUGGAGACCAGUCAGUGGUGGACUCAUCACAGAAUUACUUUGUCACUGACAAUGUAACUAAGCAGGAGAUUGACCUGAUGCUGGGACUGUUGUUGGGAUUUUGUAUAAGCUGGUUCUUGGUCUGGAUGGAUGGGGUUCUGCAUUAUGCUGUCAGAGCAUGGCGGACCAGUAGGAGAUACGACAACUCUUGGUCAUGGAUUCCUAAGUUUUGUAACUUAAGGGAUUUUGGAAAACGUCACCCGCGGCAGUACGACGAUACCAGCGGAAACAUGGUUCACAUCAAGCAGAAGCUCUAUCACAAUGGCCACCCGAGUCCUAGACAUCUCUAAGGGUGCCACCCACAGACAGUAUCCUCUACAUUUAGGGGAUAUAUAGAACUCUUCUUUCCUAUUGAGGAAAAAGAAAAUAACAAUGUGAAUUCAUUUUCCGAAACGGGAAGACAGUAGGAAAACAGUUUUAUUUCCUUCAGGCCUUUUUUUGCUCCUUCCCUUAUCUGGUAGGGGAAGUACUCCACAUAGAAAGUGCAAGGGGAAUUUUGGACCUUGGUACAUGUCUCUUGGCAUCUGAUUUUAGUGCUGAACUUCUGUAAAUAUGUAAAAAAACAACAACAAAAAUUAUAAAAAAAAAGACGUGUCUCUGAAAAUUUCAAAAAGUGUAAGAUGUGGAAACCUCAAGACUUACUCUACCUUUUAUGUGUGUCUGUAGUGUUGAAGGAGUGGAGGAUUUGAGUGUCAACUCUUGCUAAGUGUCAUGUAUUGUAAGAUUUGGUAUGGGCACAUGUAGAAAAAAAACAAAACAUAACUUGUCCUUAAAGUCACAGUUCCGUAGGUGAAUGAUUGAGUCUAUUUGUGCCAAAUGUAGGAAUGUACAAUCAAGACCUUACCUCUGCUGAUGAUGCAAUGGUCUUUAUUGAAUUGUCCUUCCCCAUUAACCUCGUCUUACUGUUUGCUUGUAAGCAGUGCCAAAAGCAGCUUUUUUUUAAAAGUGCAGCUCCACUUGUCUAAAAAUAGUAUUUUUUACAGAUCAUUUUUAUUUUCUCCCUGGACAUAUACUUUGUUGUGAAAUAUUCAACUAGUUUUCUAUGUUUCAAGAUAUGUAAGAAAAAUCUAAAAAAAAAAACAAAAAAAAAAUGUUGUGCUUAAUGUUACAAUGUCUGACCGUUUAUCUGUGGUCUUAAUGUGUGGGCAGUUUUAAAACUCAAACUUCCAAAAUGAAAUAUGAAAUAUACAGAUAAAAGAGAGUUCUAAAAUAAGAGUCAUAUUAUACAAUGAGAAAAAUAUACCUUUUUCUUAAUUGCGUUCAUAUAAAAUGACUUGAAUGAGCUUGAAUUAAAGUAAAUUUUCAAACAACAUUUGAAAUAUGCUUUAAAAGUGAAAAUCAAGUUUUAAUUUUACAAUGUAUUACGAAAUCUAAGAAAUGGGUUGUCUGGAAAAAUGUUAAAGUUCCAUACGUAAAAAAUGUUUAUGAAUGAAUCAGAUUAUAAACAUGGCUGAUUGUUUCCCAAAUUCAUGGAAAAGAAAAAGAAAAAAUAGUUGAUACUUCUAUAUUAAAAUAUUAAAUGUACAGAAAAUUAACACAAGAAAAUAAAAAGUAGUUGACAGCUUUCUAUUAAAAUAUUAGAUGCACAGAAACAAACACCAAAAUGUCAAGAAAUUCCUAAUUUGAAAAUGUAAUUAUUAUAGCAUACUAUUAUGC